GAUUAUCUUCAUGAUUAUUAAUCAUUUUGUUGAUUUUUUUACUUCUCUAUUCCUUUGUUAAUUUUGUGGCUUAUUGAAAUCUCCAUGAAAAGAAAGGAUAUUUAUUUCUAUUCUAUUUGGACUGUGUUGGCAAUGAAAAUUUUAAUUCUGUUUUCUUCAUGACCUCAGCUGCUUAAAUAAUCAAUCAAUAAUUAUUAUUUAGUAUUCCUACUAAUUAAGCCUUUGAUUAGAAAGAAAUAUUUUGGUUUCAGCCUCUUUGGUCUCAUCAAUUAAAUUGAUUUCUUUUUAUUGAUCGUGAUUUUUUUAGUGGAUAUUAGCUGAUUGUCUCGAAUCUACUUAACCUAUUUGGUUGUCAUCAUUGGGGUUUUAUUUGUAUUUCGACCGAGUAUAAUCCAUGACAUUAUGUCUUCUGAUAAAAGUAAUCUGAUAACCGUUGUUGGUAAAAAAUGGCUUGAAUUAUUGGAGAAAGAGUUUGACAAAGCGUUUGUUGAUUUAGAUCUGAUAAUUGGACAAUUUGAAGAAGAUUCAAAUGAUCUAAUGUUUGAAGCUCGUCAAAGGAUGGCCACCAUGUCAUCCAUCUUUGCUCAAUUAGUUCACAAAACCGCUGUUGUCUUCGAGAAUAAUACUAAACUUGAGAUGGAUUUUCUUUCAACUCGGGACCAAUUAAUUAACAAAGAAAGUGAGAAAAGACUAUUAGAGUGUAAAUUAGCCGAGAAAAUCGCCGAAAAAUCAGGCCAUAUGUUUAAUCUUGCCGAUACAUAUCAUAGUAAACGUCGUGACAGCCGAUCUAUCAGAGCACCUUUAUCUUUAUCAAAUAGUGAUAAUAAAUUAAAAGUGACCAGUCCAGAUGAGGCUCUUUUUCCCGCUAUUCACGCUCAACAAGAAAUUAAAGCCUUGAGAAAAGAGAAUACCUUUUUAAGAAGAUACCUAAUUAGUAUUGAAAGUGAACUAUUUGGUGCUCGAUUGGCAGCAAAGUAUUUGGACAAAGAGUUAUCAGGUCGAAUUCAACAGAUCCAACUUCUUGGCAAAUCUGAUAUAAAAGGCCAAGAACAAGAUAGAGUUUGGAAUCAAUUAGAAGCCGAGAUUCAUUUACAUCGGCACAAAACGGUUAUUCGUCAUUGUCGAGGAACCAAUAGUGAAUCUAAACUUCGCCUUAAUCCCUCUAAAGCUCCACCCGAUCACGAGUGGCCUCUUUUAAGAAAACGAAAAGGUAUCGGCGAUGUAAGAGAAGUUAUCAUCGAACGUGAUAUGACCGAAGGAUUAGGAAUUUCAAUCACUGGCGGUAAAGAACAUGGUGUUCCCAUUCUGAUUUCCGAGAUUCAUCCCGAUACACCCGCUUCGCGUUGUGGUCAAUUGUAUGUCGGCGAUGCUAUUGUAAGUGUUAAUGGCACCGAUUUAAGAUCAAUUAAACACGAAGAAGCCGCUGAGAUACUUUCAAAAGAAAGAGGUAGAUGUAACCUUCAAGUGUUUUUCGUCUCAACCGAUGAUGAAGAUGAAGAUGAAGAAGAUGAAACCAAUAAGUAUCCAUACUUUGAUCCUGAAAUUGUUUCUCAAAUUGAUCUGGAUGAAAGUUUCGUAUCCAAUCAGGGAGAUGGUGAAACCAGUGGAUUAGAUCAAGAAUCGGGUGGAGAUUCGGACGGAGCAAUUUCAUCAGUUACCGAUACAUUUUCACCUUCACCAAGUAAAUUUUAUCCUGGAGUUGCAAAGCUUUGUGUUAAUGAUGAUAAAGAAAAUGGUUUCAAUGAUGAUAAUCCAAACUAUCAAAUCUCUAGUGUUCAAGAAAUAAUCAAACACCAACAUCCACAUCCAAUUACCACAACAUUUACUAAUUCAAAGAAAGAGACACUCAUUGAAUGAGGAUAUGAAAAAUAGAAGGAUUAACAAGGAUAAACAAUAGAAAUAUUUUCAAUUGGAUUAAAGAAACAAAAACAAUUGAACAAUUAAUUCAUUGUUUAUAUCAUUUUAUUUAAAUCCACUUUCACUGUUAUUAUUUCAAUUGAUAUAUUGUGAUUCUAAUAUCUUUUUUUUGGUUAAGGUUGAUCAAGUUUCAUUUUGCUAUUAAAUUAUUAAUAUUUUACUCACAAAAAAA